AUGUCGGAUGAUACUGAAGCCUUGUUCUCAAGCCUAACACUUGAGGAAAAGCUCAGCUUAAUUGCGGGUGAGUCCCAAUGGCGAACAGCCAACAUCGAACGCCUGGGGAUUCCUUCCCUAAAGAUGUCAGAUGGACCCUCUGGAGCACGUGGAGAGAUCUUCGGCGAGGGCGUUCCAGCCGCUUUUCUUCCCUCGGGUGUGAGUCUGGGAGCAACUUGGGACCGAGAUAUUCUAUUCGAGAUUGCCCAGUUGCUAGGAGAUGAAUGCAAAUCCAAGUCCGCAUCGGUAUUGCUUGCUCCUACCAUCUGUAUUCAUCGGCAUCCACUCGGCGGCCGCAAUUUUGAAUCUUUCAGUGAAGAUCCAUACCUCACUGGAAGCCUGGCAACGGCUUACGUCCGAGGCCUUCAGUCUCGCGGCGUAGGUGCAACACCAAAGCAUUUUGUUGCCAAUGACCAGGAGACCAAACGGUUUAAGUACAAUGCUCACAUUGCGCCCCGUGCCUUACGUGAAAUCUAUCUGUUGCCGUUCCAGAUGGUCGUUCGUGAUGCAGACCCAUGGUGCAUGAUGACAGCUUAUAACAAGGUAAACGGUCAUUACUGUGACGCAUCCAAAGAGCUGCUCACUGAUAUCGCUCGGGGUGAAUGGGGUUGGGAUGGUGUUUUCACAAGUGAUUGGGGCGGAACUACUUCCACGGUUGCGUCUAUCAACAACGGCCUUGACCUGGAGAUGCCCGGACCACCUACCAAGCGCUCCAAGGCCGCUCUCGGGCAGCCUCUUCAGGAGGGCUUGAUUAAUCUGGACCGAGUAGAUGAGUCUGCAGGCCGUAUACUCCGACUUCUCAAAAAGGCGGGCCGAUUUCUGGAUCCUAGGGACGACCCGGAGCUGUGCGAUGACACACCUGAGAAAAGAGCCCUGCUUUGUCGUGCAGCUAGUUCCGGGAUCGUGAUGUUGAAAAAUGAGGCAAACGCUUUACCUAUAAAGCCAUCCGAAGGUCUUAAAAAGCUCGCCAUCCUCGGGCCCAACGCGCAAAGAGUCGUUGCCGGCGGUGGUGGAAGUUCCUACAUCAAAGCCCCAUACUGGACUUCUGUUCACGACUCAGUCAAGGAGGAAUUCCAUCAUACUACCACAGAGAUCGUGACUGUGGCUGGUGCUAAAGUCAAUCGCUACCUUCCCGUCUGCGGGGUUGUGCAAAAUCCGGAUACUGGGAAAGCUGGAGCCGCCAUUGACUGGUUUAAUGGCCAGGAUUUUGCGAAUUCUCCAGUCGCAAAAACUCACACUGAUGACCUCUAUUACAUGUCUUUUGGCACCGUCCCACCCGAGCUCAAUGGUGCGGCUGCCAACUGGUCGUUCCGCAUCCGCGCUACGCUACGACCUUUGACAUCUGGGCGUCACGCAAUAUCCCUAGCCUCAAUCGGGCCGGCAGAACUGUACCUCGAUGGAGUCCUCAUAUCGGAACAGUCCGGUGCCUAUGAUGAGAAAGGCAGUCUAUUCUUCACCUAUGGCAGUGAGGAGAAGGUGGUUCCUGUCGAUAUGAUUGCGGGACGGGAUUAUGACAUCCGCAUCGAUUAUCGGUCACACGAUCGACAACUCCAGCCCGAGCUUCUCGCUCUGCUGGAUCCGAUGGAAGAUCAAUUCCAAGGAAUUCGCCUCGGCUUCGAGGAGUUCGAUACAAUGGACCGACCUGCUGAGGCGGCACAGCUAGCAUCAAAGUGUGACGCUGCAAUUGUUGUCGUUGGACGUGACAAGGAGUGGGAGACAGAAGGUCAGGAUAUCUUAGCCUUCGACUUGCCCGGAGAACAGGUGCGGUUGAUUCGUGAAGUGGCUGCUGUUUGUAAACGCACGAUCGUGUGCGUACAGGCCGGAACUCCCGUCAGAAUGGAUGAAUGGAUAGAUGAUGUGCAGGGAGUUCUGUAUACUUGGUACCAAGGUCAGGAACUAGGAAAUGCCGCGGCGGCUGUGCUGUGUGGUCAAGUUAACCCUUCCGGCCGGCUGCCAAUGACUUUUCCACGACGAGUGGAAGAUUGUCCUGCGUUCUCCUCGUUUCCGGGAGAGGAAAAUGAAACCUAUUACUCCGAAGGAUUGUUCGUUGGUUACCGAUGGUGGGAUCUUCUCUCCAUUGAACCCUUGUUCCCUCUCGGGUUCGGCCUCUCGUACAACAAUUUUGAGGUUUUGCCGGGUUCUAUUAGCACUCAGCACCUUGUAGAGGGUCCCCCUCUAACGUUGACUGUUCAUGUUAGCAACACUGGAGGUAGCGAUAUACCUGGCCGGGAGACGGUUAUCGCGUGGUUCUCUCAAUGCUCGCCCAGGCGGUUGACGAGGCCCAAGAAGCAGAUCUGCGGAUUUUCCAAGUCACGUCCAUUAUCGCCAAAUGAAAAGCAAGAGGUUGAGAUCGAGGUCGAUUUCCAUGCUUUUGGCAUGUAUGAUACGAAGCAGGGCGUGUGGAUUGUCGACGCAGGGGCUGAGUUCGAGAUCCUCGUAGGAACAACAGCAUUGAAUGCGGUACCUACUUGGAAGUUAAAGGCAACUCAGGAGAUUAGUUGGAUCCGCUAG